CGUUACCCUUUUAAGACUCCCUGGCGCUGGGCGGGGAGGAGGCGCGGCCUAAGCUCGGGGCCACGCCCACCCUUAUAAAAAGAGGCUGCGUCUCUCGUCCGCCUUCAUUGAGCCAGGAAGUCGCGGUCCGGAGAGGUGCCGGGAGAUGGCAGCGGCGGCGCGUGCGCAGUAACAACGCUGCGGGGACACGGGACAUGUCGAGCCCCGGCGCUGCCCUACGGGUAAGGGCGGGAGGCAGGCUGCGGGAACGGAGAGAACGUGAGGAUUCGGGGACACGUGUAGAUUUUUUUUUUUGAUGGCGUCAGCAUAGCCCCGGGCCGGGGCAGCGCGAGCGCAGCGGCGCCUCGCUAGGGCGGGCUGGAGACCUGGGGUGGCGGCGAAGCGCCCGACGGGGCUUCCACUCUUCGUGGGUCAGAUGCUGAUGCUGCUGCCGCCGCCACUGCGAAGGGGCGAGAGCGCGACCCGCUUUGCCCGCCGCUCGGUUCCCUCCCGCCAAGGUUGGCCGGGCUGUGCCGUCCUGCCCGUCGAGGCAGCCUCCGCCUGCGGAAGGGCGGCUUAGUCAUCCCCGCCCUGGAAGGAGGACCGGCGGCGGCGGCGGAGAGGAGGGCGACGGGGCACCUGCCGCGCAGGUAGGGCGAGGGCCGUUGCCACGCAACCGCCCGGGCGGAGGCGGCGAGCUGCUGCCCGACGGGGCAUCCCUGUCUCCUCUGCUGCCUGCCCUUCGCUCCCUGGCCCGCUCCCGAAGGGCUUCUCCGGCGCACGGUCUCUUCCUGCCGCGGCAGGUGUGCAUGACGGAGGAGCGCAAGCCCGCCCUCCGCUCCCACCUCUUCAGGAUCGGUGCCUUCAGCUGCGGCGAAAACGUUUUGCACGGGAUGCAGAGGAGAGGGACUCGGGGGACACCUGGGCCGCGACGUCACUACCCCCCCUUGCUUCUUGUGCCUGCGCGGUGUCAGGCUCCCUUGUCGCCGCCUGGCUGGGAAACUGAGGCACUGGCAGGGAAAGGCUGGUGGGGCGAACGGCAGCCAUUGUCUCACUGGUGCCAGCCUCUGGGCCGGGGCAGAGGAGGGGUCGCUGCAGCGGGAGCAGCUUCCAGGGCGGCGCAAGGUGGUGGGUGGCAGCUUGAGCCUGCCACUGAGCCCCAGGCCUCCUCUGCAUCUUGGGUUUCCAUGACAUUUUCCUUAGAAGCUGGUCUUUUCCUGUGAUCCAAAUGAUAGCAGCCAAACAUGAAAGAGGGAGCGAUUUCUGUGCCUGUUUUCCCUGGCCUUGGAAGCUUGGUGCUUGCAUGUGUGCCAUUUCUUCCUAGGUGCAGAUAGGGCUGUCCUGGUUGGUCCUGUUGGGGUGACUGUUGACGCCGGUUAAGGUUAGGAUGUCUCUCAGCCCCUGCACAUGUCUGCUUGGACAUGAGCAUCACGAAGGUUGCUGUGUAAGCGCAUUGAGGACUACAGCCUUAAAUCCCUCAUUUUUGAAACCUGGUGUUGCACCCUGGCUGCGUCUCAAGAGGUCUUGUGCACAAUGGCCUUUAAAUGGCUUGACCAGCAUGCUGCUUCAUCUCUGCCUGCAGGUUUUCAGUUCUUAAUAUUUGCUGGGAUGUGGUGAAUUCUGCACCCCCGCCGUUUUAUAGAAAGGCGCAUUUUGGCAAGGCAGAAGGUAGGGCCAGUUCCGAGGGGGCAGAACAGUGCGCUUGAGGUCACAGGGCAUUAUUUCUGGAGAUGGUUCUGCUACUGUGAUGGCCCUUCAUGCAGCAAAUUCCCUUACUCUUGAGAAGGCACAUUUGCUGAGGCACUGUUGAUAUGUGCACUGCUUUUUGUGCUUGUUGGACUACCAACUUGCAGCAGCUGGCAUGACCAGUAGUCACUGAGGGAUAAUGGCAGUUGGAGUUCUGCAACACAUUGAUGAGGGCACCAUGUUGGUUCUUAGCUCAGAACUAUUCAGAUAGGAAAGGGGGUGGAUUUGGGGAUUUAGUGUGUUCCACUUCCAUGUGCAGGAAACGGAGAGUGGUCAGCCUUUCCCUCGGUGGGCAAAGGCCCCUCAGGACUGGCCAGGAGCUGCCCAUGUUCUCAAGUGUGCAAGCACCAGGCUAGUUGAGUGAGAAGAGACUUUGGUGUAAAAUUGCUUUGCCUUAUCUUUCUGAAAUCUGCAAGGGGUGUGUGUUUGAAAGCAGCUGAUGUGUUGGACCAGCCUCUAUAGUUGGCUGAGGCUGAUGGGACUUGUAGUCCAACAGAUCUGGAGGCAGCAGGCGGGCGAAGGCUGACUUGUAUCCUGGGCUGAUCAAUUGUGUUCUUUAAUGGUUUUGAUUCUGGUCAGUCAGAGGGGGAGGGAGGCAUCUGACAACCCCCUAACUCUAAAGGGGCGAAGAAUCUUCUACUGCUUCUUUGGCAACAAAUGUGGAGUCUAUUAUCACUGCUGUCUAAUGUGGGAGCUCUCAUAAGUUGUCACGUCCAGGACACACGGACACACACACACCAAGUUUCUUCUUUAGUUGAUUUAAAUUUUUAUUAAAAAAAAUUAGCUAACAAUUGCAUCUUCAGAGUCAAUCUGACAAAGAUGUUAUUCCCUCACCUCUUCUACCUGGAGAGUCCAAGUUGCAUUUCUUGUGCGGAAAAUACACACUUGCCACAAUGCACUUCCCCAGUUUCGUUGUGGAGAUGUAAGCAUGUACAAAGCAGGUUGAGUUCUGUUGUGUUGGAUAUGCCAUGUCUGUUCCAGUUCUUAUCAUGGGCCAAGGGUGAUAAACUGGCCUCCAAACAUCCUCUAUUUAUGGGGUGGGGGGAGAGCUUUGGGCAUCAGUUCUUCUCAACAUCUGAGAUGCCGAACCUCUGAGCUUUGGAGUAACUUUAAGGCUCAUAUCACAGACAGGACAAUUGCAGUGGAGAUUCUUCCCAGAGGCAGGCCAGGAGAGAGAUUUGAACCAGGGACUUCAGAAGUCAGCCUCUUAGCUGUGCUUCUCCCUCCCAAGCAGUCCCCUUCCCCUUUCGGGGUCAUUUCCAGGGGUACACACCAUUCUCAGGGCCCAUGACCCCGGGGUCCUUCUGCAAGCAAAAUCCAGCCUAAACCCCCACUGCGUUCGCUACUCAGUGUUGGAAAUGCAAGAGGAAAGGGGCUCUUCUUUCCUAAAUAAGGGGUUCCUUGAGACAAGGUUGCCACCUUUAAAGGCCACCGUGGGUUUCAGGAGAUUCUCAGCUCCCAGCUCCCAGCUCCCAAGAAAGAAAUGUCAGCUUUGUUGCCGUCCAUCCAGCAAGGGAUUCUCUCUUGGACUCACCAGACCAUCUCCCCAUUCCUCGCAUGUCUAGCUCUUCCCCGCCACCCCAAAUCCUGGUCUCGCUUUGCUCAAUUCUUCUGCCUCAGAUGUAAGUUUUCUUUCUGCAACUCUGAGCAAACCCAGGGCGCUCUCUCUCUCUCUCUCUCUCUCUCUCUCUCAUAGGUUUUUUUUGGGGGGAACCUACCAGAGUUUGGAAGUAUGUACAGAGUUUAGCGUCCAUGUAGGGAGAAGUCAAGGGUUUAGUCCUUGUGGGCUUGUUUGGCGUGUGAGGAUAUCUGGGGAGCUCUUCAAAAGGCACUGCGGCGCAGGACUCCAUGAAACAUGAGUGUCCCUUCCUAUGGCAGCAUCUUAGAGUUGGAAGGGACCCCGAGUGGCUGGGGAAACCCAGCCAGAUGGGCAGGGUAUAAAUAUUAUUAUUAUUAUUAUUAUUAUUAUUAUUAUUCUGUCCAGGCCUCUGCAAUGCAGGAGUCCUGAAUGGGAAUCGAACCCAUGACCUUGGCAUUAUCAGAACUACACUCUAACCAACCAAGCUAAGCUCAGGGGUAAAUGACGUAUUUGAGUCCAGUAAUGUUAUCUGGGUGCAUUUUCAGGAGUUUCAUGGGUGGUGUUGGUUGUUUUGCAGAAUUUAGCUGUUCGUGACCGAAUUUUUGCCUCCAUUGUCAAACCCUCGCCAUCAUCUCCUCCGGUCUUCUUUCUCGGCUGCCUUUUGCAUUGAUCUGCGCAGCUGCCCCUUGGCUGUCAAAAUCCCCUCCCACCUGUGCAUUUCUCCCUUGAAAACUCAACUCCACUCCCUUUGGGGUUUCUAGGGCUCUGCUCCUUCUGUGUCCCCAGGCAGUCGGAUGUUUCUGUGGGUCAGGCUGUUCCAUAUGCUCAGUAUGCUACAUCUCUUCCAGCGUGCAGGAGACAUGCCUUGUGCCCAGGCCCAUAGGCCCACGUGCAAAAGCCCUGUUGGGUUCCUGAGCAUCAGGCAUGUGGACCAGGACACACCUGCUUCCCCUUUCACAAUUGCACCCCUCUGUGUGUGGGUGGCUUCCAUCUGUGAUGGGCUGCAGCCCGCAAUAGCCCUAGCAACUUCAGGAAAUAAAGAGAGGCUCUAGCGUGUUGGGCAGGGUCUUGUUAAGGUUUCUUGUGUUGCUCUGCAGAGGCAGGCAGUCUUGUGGAAGGACCGCAGAGGAGCUGGGAGGUAUAGCUGGACAGCCCUGGGCACUCGCACCUCACAAGACUUCCCCACCGCUUCUCAUAUUUACUCCCAAAUCUGAGCAAACAAACAAUCAGGUUUUCUCUGGAUUGACGUUUGCUCUGAUUUAUUGCUUAAAGAUGAGGGCUUUCCUGGGCAAAACCGCUCGGACCGAGUGCCUAGGAAGUGUGGGCAAAGCAGGAAUCUGCUUUUUUAUUUUACUGCCUUCCCUUGGCGAGCAAGCAGCCUUGAAACACUGCAACACCCUCCAGCAUUUGCAAGCAGCACUUGGAGGGGAAACCACAGGAAAUUAUAAACGCAGAAAUUGAGCGGCAUCAGGAAACUGGUUUUUUCAGGCUCUCCUCACCUUAAGAGUCCAGGGGUGGGGGAACGGAACAGGAAGCCUGUUGAGGUUUGUGUUGAGUGGUGUGGCUUGCUGUGGGCGGCUGAUCCUUCAUUAUUUUAAAGAGUAGCGGGUGGGUGGGAAGAUACUUAGCAGGACUGAAUGGUGGUACGGAGGGGAGGGGCCAGCAGGCUGCGGCUGGAGAAGCCCAGGUGUCUGUUGCAACCUGGAGCCCCAGAUGGCCUGGCAUCAUCUACCUGUGAGCAAAAUCCUGCAAGGCUGACGCCACUGGAGAUUACGUAAGGGGCUGCACAGCACUCCUUUUAUGAAUUCUAGGAAGGACAUGAUACGUGCUACUUGCCAACAGUCCAGUUUGCACUGGCGGGGGGGGGGCGUUUCCUCUUCCCUCCCUCCCUCCCUCUCUCCUGGGUUUUAUUGGGAUCUCAGGAGCGUGUUUUGCGAAAGUGCCUCUGAGUUCAGCUCUGGAUAAAUCUCAAGGGGAGGAGGAGGAGGAGGAAAUGACGUCAUGUGGUUGUCAAGCAGGGAAGAGCUGCAGGCUGGGUUUGAUGAGUUGGCUGCUAGUAAUGGGUCCCUCCCUCCCUCCCUCUUUGGAGAUUUACUCAUGAUACUUGGUGGUUAAGCAGGCAAAAUUAGGUUACCACUAGAGAGAAAGAGAAGCAGCAGCUGCCUCCACCUCCGCCUCCUCUUCCUCCCUGUGCAAAAGGCAGGCUGGAUAAAUGCAGCUCUGUGUUCCCCCGAGGGCAGCAUGGCGCCUCUCCCGGCACCCUGGCUGAACCACAGGAAGGAAUCCCGGUUGUUGUUUUUUUAUCUUGCCAGCCACUUGCUGUGGCCGCAGGAAGGUUUCUUGGCUGGCUGUCCUCUGCCUGAUUUUUCUUUGGCUCUUCGUGCAAGAUUCCGACCCACCCCCCUUCCUACUUUGCAGAUCUCCAUCUACUCCUUUUAUGCGUUGACAGCAUCGCAGGGCUUUGAAUAUGUUUCACUGGAUGCAAGCAGUUAAAACAAAAACCCACUGCUGUAAUAAAUGCUACAGUACAGUGGUACCUCGGGUUAAGAACUUCAUUCGUUCCGGAGGUCCGUUCUUGACCUGAAACUGUUCUUAACCUGAGGUACCGCUUUAGCUAAUGGGGCCUGCCGCUGCUGCACCGCCGCCAUGCGAUUUCUGUUCUCAUCCUGAAGCAAAGUUCUUAACCCGAGGUACUAUUUCUGGGUUAGCGGAGUCUGUAACCUGAAGCGUCUGUAACCUGAGGCGUCUGUAACCUGAGGUACCACUGUACAAGCAGCCUGUUUAAAGCAUCCUUGAGAUAGGUUUGGAUUUCAGCUGACUCGCAAGUCACUGACCAUUCAUCCCGCCCAAUUUUUUCGCCCCCCAAAGGGGACCUGAGAUAUGUGGCUUCUGGGAAUGUCUGUAUCCCAUUGGUGGGAGCUGGUGGUCAGUGUUGUGGACUGGGAGCUGCCCCCAUGACUGCCCUGUAAGAUUUGACGGCAGCUGAAGGUUCUCUGAAACUCGGGCUCUCAUUAAGAGAGGAAAGAGGCAGUGGCUGGACCCCAGGGCAGGAGGAAUUGGAAUCGCCUCCUGGGAACCUGGCAAAGAACCUUCCUCCCUGUGCUGCUUUGAUGCCGCAAAAGGACAAAGUUGUUAUGGACUGACUGCCUGGACACUUCCUCUCCCCCCCCCCCCACCUCGUGUAUUCAGAAUUUGGACACACAGCAACUUCCUUCAGGGAUUUCAGCCUUCACCUGACUCUGCGUUUUUGUGCUGCCUCACUUUGGGUCCCAUUUUUGCAUUUUCUGGGCCAUAAUCCAAUUUGUAGUUUUGGCUCUCCCUUCCAAGGGAGCCUGGGAGCCUUCCUCUAUGUUCCUUUGCUUUUACUGUUAGGCUUGUCAUCAGCAUCCCGGGCACUUGUCAGAGUAGCAGAGGUGAGUCUCUGCCCCAAGGAGGCCACAAUUGCAGGGAGAAGCCUCUUGCCCCUCUCUCCCUGAAGAAAGUUUUGUUUUUCCUUGCAAGCUUACAGACUGUUUAAAAGCCACCUGCUGCACUACCUGCCUCAGCGACAGUUUCUGCAUUAAUUUUGUGGGUAUUGUAAAUCCCACCCACCCAUCCCCCACCCUCAGAGUCUUUUCCUGGUUGCAUAACUUGAAACUCCAGGAAGUGCACUCAGGGUACUAAUUUUGUUGCCUUCUAAAAAGAAUUAGGUUAGGGUAACUGGAAGCAUUUGCUGCAAAUCCCUGAAUUGUGCCCAGAGCUAUGGGAGCCCCGGAUACCUGGUUCCCUGCACCCAGGGGGGGUGCAUGCUGUUAUUUAAUGAUUUGAAAGCGACCUCCACAUAAGGCACCCAUAUUUAGCACCAGAAGUCUGCUGCUGCUGCUGCUAUGAUGAUGAUGAUGAUGAUGAUGAGAGCCAGCCUCAGCAUCAAUAAUAACAUCACCACCAUCCUAAUGGUGCAGCAAUAAAACUGCUAGCACAUUUGCAAAGCUAAGCAGGGUCUGGUGUGGUUUCAAACUGGAUGGGGAACCACGUUUUGAGAUUGCUUUAUUGGAGAGGGUUGGACUGGAUGACCCCUGGGGGUCCCUUCCAGCUCUCUGAUUCUGUCCCUCCAUUUUGGUGAGCUUUGGGCUGACUUCCUUCCCUCUCUCUCUGCCUCCCCCCCCCAUCCCAGUUUGGCUCUUAUAGCAUUGCGAGUUCCCCUCUCUUGGUGGCUUCCAUUUGUAGAAAAUGGGUUUACGUCUGCUUCACUUUAUUUUUGAGGAGGGAGGAACUGGGCAAUAAAACCAUCCCCAACCCCACCCCACCCACCCCCGCCGCCAGACUCCUGAAAAAGGCCAGGGAGUGGGAGGAUCUUUCCGUCCUCGCCGAUGUGCUGAUGGCAGUGGAGGCUCUGCAUUCCAGAACGGUUUCAAAACGAGAGCUGGUUGCACAACACCCCUGCGGGCGCUGCAGGGGGCAGGCUGGCACAAGGUGUUCUGUGCUUUCCAGGUUUGGCACAGCCCACUGGGAUUUUCAUAUAGCCUGAGCAGGAGGGUGCAGGUGGCCUGAGCCCCACAGCCUUGGGGGGGGGGGCACAGUGGGGCUGUUAACCAGUGUCCUGGGGAGUGUGUCCACCUUUUGGCUUUCGCAAGAUGGCAAAUGGGGUCUGUUUUGCCCAGAAGGUUACCUGCCCCAUCUCUUCAGGGGGUGUGGAGGGAGGUUCUUGUGUUUACUUUGAUGGGACUGUGCCUUGUGCUGGAGACAUACUUUAUUUUGCAAUGCUGAUACAGUGGUACCUCAGGUUAAGAACUUAAUUUGUUCUGGAGGUCCGUUCUUAACCUGAACCUGUUCUUAACCUGAGGGUACCACUUUAGCUAAUGGGGCUUCCCGCUGCCGCCGCGCGAUUUCUGUUCUUAUUCUAAAGCAAAGUUCUUAACCCGAGGUACUAUUUCUGGAUAAGCAGAGUCUGUAACUUGAAGCGUCUGUAACUUGAAGUGUCUGUAACCCGAGGUACCACUGUUUACUGUGUUUUGAUUAGAAAGAAGGUGCCAAUUUGCAGUGCUGAGAGGAGGAGGGGAAGGGAGCAGAGUUUGAAAUUCGCCAUGCGCUUUUUGUACCUGUCUGUCGGCCACUUGCGGCCAAGUGAAGGUGCCCUGGCACCAGCAUGGACCCUGGUGUCUCUACCGUCUGGAGGCACAUGCCUGGGGAUCCUUGGAUCUUGACUGUUUCUACACACUAGCAACACAUCCUGUAGAAUUCCACCCGUUAUUUUUUAUCUGCAGAAUCGGAAUGAAUUUCAGGAACCCAAAAGUCGUAUUGAAACACGGCUCCCUAAAUGGGGACUAGGCGUUACGCGUUGGCGGCUGUAACCCUGGUUUAAGGAGCUGUUUGGCGCCUAACUUAUAUAGCUGAUUUAAAUAUCUGAGCACUGCCAAAGGAGCGCGCUCUCUUUCUCUUAUACCCUUCCAAACCCAGCAUUAUUUAAAUCAGCUGGUUGGGGGGGGGACUGAGUGCGGGUAGCAGUGCUGGGAAGGAGUCUGCACUGGGGAUAUGGGGAGCCGUAGCCACUUCCGCACUCCCUGAAUGCCAUUUCCCUGCCCCACCAUCACCAAGAGGCUCCUUUGAAGCUUUAAAUCUGGGCUCGGGAACCUGAGGGUUUGUGGACCAGUGACAAUGGGAGCUGGAGCCCAGCAAUGUCUAGAUGUCCAUUCAGGUUCCCCUAUCACCCUCCCCUUUAAACAAAGCACCAGGAAACCCGACGGUGGCAUUUCCUGCCUUAGCUAUUGCAAGCAUAUGUGAAAAUGUUUGCCCACUCCGAGUGAGGGCAAUGCUUCCUGCCAUCGCUCUGAACAGGCUAUGUAAUACAAUCACGUCAGGGCUCAAAUCGUGGUGUGUAUGGGGGAGGAAGGGUAGCUCUCCAGGGUUCCCUCCCAGCCUUUACCCAGAGAUGCCGCUGGGGAUUGACGCAGGAACCUUCUGCACUCCAAGCAGGUGCUCUGCCACUGAACUGAGCUACAAGGAGGGCCCUUGACCUAGAAUUGCUACACAAGCCAGCUUCUCCUUCCGCUGUUGUGAGCCUUGAAAAAUUCUUCCUGGGUUGACCCUGGACCUUUGUUGGCUCUGCUGCAUGGGACUAACACACCCUUGUUUGUCUGUCUCCCCCUUUUUUAAAGGCUGCUGAAGUAGCUGGCUACCUGGCGAGGACAGUGGACUUCUGAAAGCGCAGACGUCAGCCAAGCAGCAUGUCCACGGCCGGCAUUGCAGCUCCGGAGAUGAGAGUCCCCUUGAAGAGCAGCUUCCUCCACAAGGGGCAAGGCAUUGGGAGCCUCAAGCCCUGUUGGGGAGGCCAUUUUGAAAAGUGAGUCUUCCUUCAGGGAGGGUACCAGAUCUUUUCUCCCACUCACAUCACUUUCUUGCACUUGGGUAUGGGCUAGUGAUGGUGGCUGGGCCUUUUGCGGCUGUCUCUUCUUCACCUACUGAUUCCCUCCUGUCUCUCCUGGAAAGUAUCCGGUCAGGUUUAAGGUGCUGGUUUGACCUUUAAAGCCUUUUGUGGCUUAGGGCCCUCAUAUUUACGGGACCACCUCUCCUGUUAUGCCCCGCAGAGGACCUUAAUCUCCAUGAAUAGUCAUAGUUUAGAGGUCCCGGGCCCUAAGGAGGUCAGAUUAUCAUCGGCCAGGGCCAGGGCCUUCUCAGUGAUGGCUCCGAUCUGGUGGAAUGCUCUGUCCCAUGAGACUAGGGCCCUGCAGGAUUCAACUACCUUUUGCAGGGCCUGUAAGACAGAGCUAUUCCACCUGGCUUUCAAUUUGAACUUAGCCUGAUCUUUUAUUCCCCUUCCUUCCCUCCCCUUUUUAUGAAGAUUACCUCCUCUGGGAUCCCACAGCUAAUUCUCCCCUGGUCUCCUCGCUGGCCCAAAUAGGACUAAUUUAGCCAGCUAGCCCUGGUGAUCAUCUAAUGUUUAUUGGAUGGAUUUCCCCCCUAAACUGAUUUUUGAAUUCUGAAUUUAUUGUUAUUCACGUUUUAUGCUGUAUUUUAUGCUGUUUUUUUGUUGCACCAGUUAAGUGUUUUAAAUUUGUUGUUAGCUGCCCUGAGCCUGGUUUUCUGAACCAGGAAGGGCGGGCUUUAAAUAAAAAUUUAUUUAUUUAUUUAUUUAUUUAUUUAUUAUUUCAGCCCUUUCUUUAACAUGGAGCCCGUAGCAAUGGCCUACAAUCUGAACUCGUCCGCACAGCAUCACUUAACGUCCAUCGGUAGGUACCUGGCGCCGCCGUCAACCUCAGAUUUAUUUGUGUUGCAGCUCAGAGCUCUUCAGUUGUGACUCCCCCUCCUCCUUCCACUAGCAAUUUGGCUCCUGAAGAUAUCCGCUUUUUCUUUCUAUUGAAGAGGGGGAGGAAGGUUAGCAGGCAGCAGAAAAACCAGCAGUCUUGGCAGCCAGAGCCCUGGAGUGCCCCAUGCUGUCUUGCUUUUAAUAAUAAUAAUAAUAAUAAUAAUUAACAAAACAAAACAAAACAAAAUAAACCAAGAAUAAGGAGCAUAAAGAAAUACUGUUACAGCAAGUUGAAGGCAGCAUUGCCACUGAGUUUGUUGUUCCAUAAAGUUACAAAAAACCCACACCAUACUUUCCAUAAACUUGUUAGGAUAGUUUGUAUGCAUUAUUUUGUAAUAAGUAACCUUAAGCAUAAUUAUUACAGACCAAAUCGUAUCAGUCCGCUCAGAUGUAGUAGGAGAUAGGCUUUUGCCCGCAUUUUUUAGCUGCAAUCUUAGCAGCGGUUAAUCGGGUUUUGAACACUAUUUCUUGAUCAUUUACUGGAAUAACGUGUUUUAGACAGCCAAGCAGAAAUAUUUGAGGUUCCGAGGGCAUAUGAUAUCCUAACACAUCAGAGAUACUGGCCUGAAUGGAUUUCCAGGGUAUUUCUAUUUGAGAGCAGUUCCAAAAGAUGUGUACGUGAACUGCUUUAUUUAAUCCACGUCUCCAGCAUUUAUCUGAUCCUAUCUAUCUAUAGUUCAAUUUAUAAGGUGUUAAAUACCAUUGAGCGAAGGUUUUUAAAUAGUUCUCCUGAAAUUAUAUUAGAAUGGAAGUUGUCCGAAAUCCAGUUCCAUUCUUUCCUGGCUGUUCUUUGAUCUAAAUCCUCAUAUAUGUUAUAAAUAUUAUAUGCAUGUAUAUCUAGAUCUGACUAUAUACAUCUGUGCAUCUGAGUGCACAAUUGAGGCCGAAUGGCUCUAAGGUCAGGGAGGCUUGUGAUACCUCACCCAGCAGUGCUGAGAGGGAUGGAGUCAAGGAGGGGCUUUUGCCAUGUCUGUGAGGCUCCCAGAGGCACCCGGUUGGCCACUUGGGCUCCAUCCAGCCCCUUUUAAUAGAAUUGCAGAGUUCUCAGGGGACCCCAACGACCAUCUAGUCAUCUAAGAACAUGGCAGAGGAGGCGGGGUCUAUCCAUAUCUCCUAGCCAGUGGGACCUCCGUGAUCAGAAGCUGUCUACCAGUCUCAAUAAAAGCCGUGUGCUGGCAAUGAACAGCCGGGUGAAUCUGGCUUUCUCCACUGCGAGGUGCUGGGCAGAGGCAGCGCCUCUGUGGCCUCAUCCAGCAGCCACGCUCGCUCUCCCCUUUGGGGAAAGUUGCGCAUGAAGUGCCCUGUGUCUUGAGAUUAGCAACUCACCCUUCUUCCCCUCUCCCUCUCAGGCCACAUUUCAGACCCUGAUCCAGCACAGAACGGCGGCAGCGACAAGCCCAGCCCCAACGGAGAGAGGCCAGAGGAUCGCGGCCUAGUCCCCGCCUUCGGCAGGCUCUCCCUCGCCGCGUCCAGCGAGGCUGCUCCCCCCACGCCCAUCAAGGGCGGGCCAUCGUUCUCCUUCCCCCCGGCACCUCCGGGUACCGAGCGCAGCACCCGCCCGCUUCCCCCGCUGCCCAUCCCGGAGGAUUUCGUGCACGACGAUGUGGACCGGGAGGUGGAGUUCCUCACCAGCUCCGACACAGACUUUUUGCUGGAGGAGUGCAGCGGCCCUGCUUUCAAGCCCGCCACCUAUGGCAGGCGGAGCUUCCGGGGCUGCGGGCAAAUAAACUACGCUUACUUCGACGCCCCGGCGGGAUCGAAGGCAGAAGAGCCUCCCUCCGCUAAGCAGAGCGGGUGUCCGGCCGGGGUCUGUGCUGCUGUUGCUGCUGCUGUUCCUCCGCCUCCUCCUCCUCCGGCUCCCACGGCGCAUCAGCUCCACCGCCGGUUGCGCCGCUCGCAUUCCGGGCCAGCCGGGUCCUUCCACAAACCGGUGGUGAGGGUCUCCAGCCACUUCCGCCGGGCGUCUCCCAGCUCGGACGACGACAAGCCCGAGGUCCCGCCCAGGGUGCCCAUCCCGCCCAGGGUGCUGAAGCCCGACUACCGGAGGUGGUCCGCCGAAGUGGCUUCCAGCGCCUACAGCGACGAGGACAAACCGCCCAAGGUCCCCCCGAGGGAGCCUCUGUCCUGCAGCAACUCCCGCACGCCCAGCCCCAAGAGCCUGCCCUCGUACCUCAACGGCAUCAUGCCGCCCACCCAGAGCUUUGCCCCGGACCCCAAGUACGUCAGCAGCAAAGCGCUGCAGCGGCAGCACAGCGAGGGCUCGGGCAGCCGGGUGCCCUGCAUCCUGCCCAUCAUCGAGAACGGCAAGAAGGUCAGCUCCACCCACUACUACCUGCUGCCCGAAAGGCCCCCCUACCUGGACAGGUACGAGAAGUUCUUCCGGGAAGCGGAAGAGGGCAGCAGCCUGAGCGCGGAAGGGCAGCUGCCGCCGUCCCUCUGGCCCGAGGCUCCGGAAGAGGAGGCAGCCGGCCUGGCCGGGAUGCUGAACGUUCCGGUCAAGCGCAAGCACUUGCCCUGCAUGGUGUCUCCGUAGGGAAGAGGGAGCCUCGCGAGGAAGGAGGCGUCGGGGAGCUGGCCACAGGCCUUUCGAGGAUGAGGAAGAGGGGCAGAAGCCCGGCCCUCCGGCUUCCGGAGAGGAGCAGGGGGAGGCCCCUCUGUCUGGUGCUGCAGCCGCUGCCUGCGUUGGGCUCGGCUGCCUGGCCCUGGCGGUUCUGGUCCGGGAGAGGACUUGGAGGAGGACGCGAGCGUACAUAGCCAGCAUUGGCCAGUUGUCAUUCAAUAUUCUUAGAGCAAACUUGCAUAAGUAGGGAAAGAAUUGCACUCUUGCUAACAGGACAAGCUGCUUCGGCUGGAAGCAGAAGAGAAAAGAAGCCCCAUUCAGUAUUCUUUUUUCUGCACAGUGGUGGCCACAGUGUGUUUCCACCCCCGCCCCCUUAAAAAAAACCCCUUUCUGCCAAUAUUUGCUCUUCUCCCACUGGUGGGGAAUCCCAGCAGGAAUUAUCCUUGCGGUGGGAGGAGAUUUGGGGGGGGGGGAGGGCGGCAGGGAAGUCCACCACCCAUUUCUGAGCUCGCCUUAGUUUGGAUGGGCUGUUCCACAUGUUUUAGACUUUUGGUCUGGGGUGGGGAAUCUUGCCCCCGGUUCCUAAUCUCCACCUACCCACACCCGGCCACUCAGAUACUUGCCACAAUUCAACUGGUUCUCCUUUACCCACAGCUUCUGGCUUUGAUGAAACCCGAGAAGGACUUUUGUGCGCUAGCUUUAGUGGGUUCCCGGCGACUGUGUGUGUCCUUGCAGUUGGGUAGCUGGAGCUCAGUCUGAACAGCACCCUGGGUGAAGCAGCAACCCCCCUUUCCCCACCACCCCAAUAUUUUAAAAAAUGGGACCAACUUCUGUUCUCCAGGUGGUGUUGGGAGAAUGUGUUUAUGCAUAGCAGUGAGGCCCAAGCUGGUCUUGAGCCUGUCUUGUCCAGUGUUCUGCAGGAUGGUGGAAGAGGCUGGGCUCGCGUUACCGAGUCCUCUUUGAAGGCGGCCCAGUCAGGGUUGGUGAAGGGUGUUGCCGGCUCUCUCCCCACCCCCCUUGCACACUCGCACGCACACCCACACACUUCCACUUAUUCCCGCAGGCCCCAGGGGGACGGUGCUUUCUGGUCAGGGUCCAGCGUGGCCUUGGCUUUUCCCAAUGGACGCAACUGCGGUUUACAGUGUAAAAUAAAGUUCGCUUGGGAGUUGUUGUUGCCUCCCACCCCUCUGAAACCGUCUGGGAAGCUGACUUGGUUCUAGUACAAACUCUAAAUGAAGGCAAUGUUCACAUUCUGGAAAUAAUAUUGAUAAUAAUGCACUGAGAGAGGUCCUGCAUCAGGUGUACAGUAUUGAGGAAGAAUGACGUCGUUCACUUUGUAUUUUGGAAUAUUUCCGUGUCUUGGAUUUUAAUAAAGUUAUAAUGUACUUAUUUAUGAUAACACCA